GAGCUUGAGAGGCCUUCUCUCACAACCCUUCAGUGCCAGUUCUGGUCUGCCGUCUAUCUCGGUAACGCAUCCUAUCAGAACAUGGCUCAAAGCAUGAUCGGUACUGCCAUCUGCACAGCACACGCACUUGGGCUGCACAUCGAGCCAUCUACAGAGCUACCCCUCAAGGAACGAGAGGCAAGGAAGCAGAUGUGGUGGACGCUGUUUGUGUUUGAAACAAGGCUCUGUAUCCGAAUGGGCCGACCUUGGGCUGUUGACAUGUCUCGAACAACAUGUUCUUCGCCAGCAGAGGACGAGGAGCCUCACGCCGGCCAUGUGGCGUGGCGAAGCUACACGGUGCAAAGAGCUAGGCUUAUGCUACUGGUCCGAGCCGCUUUUCACAAGUUCCACCAAAAGUGCGCUUCCAUCAAGAAGGGAAACCCAAGUUUCAUUAUUGAAGAGUGCUCCAAGACCCUCAAGGCCGGUAUCGAGGAUAUACACGCAUGGGUUGAUACAGUCCCUGUCGCGUUGAAGACAGAACGCCGGGGAAAUGGUAUCCCCUUCUCAACAGACCUUUCUGAAAUCGAGAUUGAGCCUUUCGCACCGCUCUGGUUGCGUCGGCAGCGCCUAAUGCUGGAGCUUGGAUAUCACGACUCCCUUCUGACACUUGGUCGUUCAUGCAUAGCCUUCUCGCUCAACACAGCGAGGGAGCCUCAUCAUCAAGGGGUUCAUACUGACGCAAUACCCUCGGAAUUUUCCAAGAUGCUUCUUGUGGCUGAAACUGCCGCUCAACACGCAAUAUCGAUAACGCACCUGUUGCACCAGAUCUAUAGGGACCAUGAUAUCCUUGACGGUUGGUACGAGCCGUUCAACUACCAAUGGAAUGCGGCCAUAACGUUG